UCAUUCGUUGCUGUAAUAUUCAGUGAGGAAAUAUGCCUGAACCCGCCAAGUCUGCCCCUAAGAAGGGCUCCAAGAAAGCCGUGACUAAAACCACCACCGGCAAAGGAGGCAAGAAGAAGAGAAAGACCAGGAAGGAGAGCUACGCCAUCUACGUGUACAAGGUGCUGAAGCAGGUCCACCCUGACACCGGCAUCUCCUCCAAGGCCAUGAGCAUCAUGAACUCGUUCGUUAACGACAUCUUUGAGCGCAUCGCCUCCGAGUCUUCUCGUCUGGCUCACUACAACAAGCGCUCCACCAUCACCUCCAGGGAGAUCCAGACCGCUGUGCGCCUCCUGCUGCCCGGUGAGCUGGCCAAGCACGCCGUGUCUGAGGGAACCAAGGCCGUCACCAAGUACACCAGCUCCAAGUAAACAAUGCUGCUGUUUAACCAACAACCACAACGGCUCUUUUAAGAGCCAC